GGUUCACGCUUUCCCAAGGAGGGAGUACGAGCGGACUGAGGAGCGGGAGACAUGCGGGCUGCUGGAGCCGAAACUCACGGGCCUACAAGAAGGGGAUCCCCCAGCAGGGAGCUUGGAUUCAGAGGGAAUGGCCCCUGCAAGCAGUGGAGCCCCAGCCCAGGAGACAGUGACAUUUAAGGAUGUGGCCGUGGACUUUACCCAGGAGGAGUGGGACCUUUUGGACCAUCCUCAGAAGGACUUGUACAAGGAGGUCAUGGUGGAGAAUGCAUGGAACCUGCUCUCUCUGGGGCUUCCAGUUCCCAGAGAAGAUGUGAUCUCUUAUUUUGAUCAAAGGGAAGUACCAUGGAUGCUGGAGCGAGAAGGCUUGAGGAGCCUCUGUCCAGAAGGAAAGAUCAGACUGGAAGUGAAGGAAUCUCCUACAGUGUUAAGCCUUUCUGUGGAAGAAACUCAGGAGAAAAGAUUCAUGGUUGAUGUUCCCUGUGACUUCUCUAGAGAGAAAGUUUAUGAAUGUAAUCAGUGUGGAAAGGCUGUUAUCCAGAGCCAUCAACUUGCUGAACAUCAGAGAAUCCACACUGGGGAGAAACCUUAUGAAUGUAAUCAGUGUGGAAAAUAUUUCAGAAAGAGGUACAGUCUCACUUUACAUAAAAGAAACCACAAUGGAGAGAAACCUUAUGAAUGUAAUCAAUGUGGAAAGGCUUUUGCAAAGAGGGGCCGUCUUACUGAACAUCAGAAAAGCCACACUGGAGAGAGAGCUUUUGAAUGCAAUCGAUGUGGAAAGGCUUUUAGAGACAGCUCCACUCUUGCUGGACAUCAGAGGAUCCACACUGGAGAGAAACCUUAUGAAUGUAAUCAAUGUGGAAAGGCUUUUAGAUACAGCUCUAGUCUUGCUAGACAUCAGAGAAUCCACACUGGAGAGAAACCUUAUGAAUGUAAUGAAUGUGGAAAGGCUUAUAGAUAUAGCUCUGCUCUUGCUAAACACCAGAGAAUCCACACUGGAGAGAAACCUUAUAAAUGUAAUCAGUGUGCAAAGGUUUUUAGAUACAGUUCUGCUCUUGCUAAACAUCAGAGAGUCCACACUAGACAAAAAUCUUAUGAAUGUAAUCAAUGUGCAAAGGUUUUUAGAUACAGCUCUGCUCUUGCUAAACAUCAGAGAAUCCACACUGGAGAAAAACCUUAUAAAUGUAAUCAGUGUGGAAAGGCUUUUACACGCAAGGGCAAUCUUACUGGACAUCAGAGAAUUCACACUGGUGAGAAACCUUAUGAAUGUAAUGAGUGUGGAAAGGCUUUCCUACUGAGGGCUAAUCUUGCUUUACAUAAAAGAGUCCACACUGGUGAGAAACCUUAUGAAUGUAAUCAGUGUGGGAAAGCAUUUACCCACAGGACUAGUCUUGGAGUACAUCAGAGAAUCCACACUGGAGAAAAACCGUUUGAAUGUAAUCUGUGUGGAAAGGCUUUUAGAGACAGUUCCACUCUUGCUAGACAUCAGAAAAGUCACCCUGGAGCGAAACGCUAUGAAUGUAAUCAGUGUGGAAAGGCUUUUAGAGACAGCUCCACUCUUGCUGAACAUCAGAGAAUCCACACUGGAGAGAAACCUUUUAAAUGCAAUCAGUGUGGAAAAGCUUUUAUGCAGAGGGGCAGUCUUGCUAAACAUCAGAAAAGACACACUGGAGAGAAACCUUAUGAAUGUAAUCAAUGUGGAAAGGCUUUUAUAGACAACUCCACUCUUGCUAGACAUCAGAGAAUCCACACUGGAAAGAAACCUUAUGAAUGUAAUCAGUGUGGAAAGGCUUUUAUGCAGAGGGGCAUUCUUACAGAACAUCAGAGAAUCCACACUGGAGAGAAACCUUAUGAAUGUAAUCAAUGUGGAAAGGCUUUUAGAUACAGUUCUGCUCUUGCUGAUCAUCAGAGAAUCCACACUGGAGAGAAACCUUAUGAAUGUAAUCAAUGUGGAAAGGCAUUUACAAAGAGGGGCCAUCUUACUGAACAUCAGAAAACCCACACUGGAGAGAAGCCUUAUGAAUGUAAUCAAUGUGGCAAAUCUUUUAGAGACAGCUCUAGUAUUGCUAGACAUAAGAGAAUCCAUGUAUGAAUGUAAUCAAUGUGGCAAGGCUUUUAGAUACAUGAGAGAAUCCACACUAUAGAAAAACAUUGUGAUUAUAUGAAUGUAAUAACUGUGGAAAUGCUUUCAGAAUCAGCUCCAGUCUUGUUAAACAUCAGAGAAUCCACACUGGAGAGAAUGCAAAUCUGACCUCAGACACUUCCUAGCUGUGUGAUGCUGGGCCAUUUAGUUGACCCUGAUUGGUUUGAUGUCAGGUAUGCAGAUGAUUGCACUCUGAUGGCUAAAAAUGAAGAAGUUUUAAGGAGCUUCUUUAUGAGUGCAAAAGUGGAGAGGAUUAAAGCUAGCUUGAAGUUUAACAUUAAAAAAAAAAACAAGCAAACAAACUAAGAUCAUGGCAACUUGUUCCAUUACCUCCUGGCAGAAAGGAGAAGAAAUGAAGCAGUGUCAGAUUUUAUAUUGUUAGGCUCAAAGAUCAGUGUAAGUGGCAACACAGAUCAACAGACAGGGUUUCUGUCUGGGAAAUCAACACAGAUCAACAGAUGGGGUGCCAACAUCAUAAACAGUCUGUUAGGCCUGCCCACAAGCAAGUUCCCCUAGCCCGCUAAUGCUCCCUUCUCUCGGCUCUGCUUGUCUUUCUACCUACACCUCUCCUGCAAGCAAUAUAUACUGUUUCCAAUGAAAUACUGUUAAUUCAAUCAAAGGCAAGACUCAAUCAAAAGCACUUGAUUGGCUUAAUGCUAAGGAGAACUGCAAAAGAAAAAAAGCAGCAAAAAAUCCCACUUUGCUGGCUGUAAUAGCAGCCAUGUCCCAGCCCAGGUGAAUGCAGUACAUCCACAGACUUGACCAGCAUCAGUAAUCCAGGUCAUUUCCAUAGACAUAGAGGAUGGUCUAUGAAGCUGGUAACAGCUGCCUCAUGGAUUGUUUCUUUACAAAAAUAGUCAUGAAGUUGAAUAUAGUAGUAACAACAUUGCCCUGCUCCCACCUUCUGUGUUUUAAGCUGAUUCAUUGGCACUGGCUUCUUGAACACUCUUCCCCCCACCCCAAUGCUACUCUCUCCAUUUUUCUAUUUGUAUUUGUAAAGACCAUCAGGGUUAAGUGACUUGCCCCAGGGUCACACAGCUAGUAACUCUACUGUCUGAGGCUGGAUUUGAACUCAUGUAUUCCUGAAUCCAGGGUCAUUGCUCUAUCUACUGCUCUACCUACCUUUCCCCCACCCCACCCCAUUAGGUUUUAAGUUCCCAUUCAUUACAGCUGACUGUAAGGUCAGCUGUGAAGUGAUUAGGAUUUUGAACAUGGUGGGGGCAGUAUUAGGUUGGGGGGAAAUUUAUCCUCUUUGAGAGAUAUUGCAAAGGUGUAAUCAGCAGGCCUGGACAACAGAUGGGAUGUGGGAGAAAAAGAGUGUGAGAAGCAGAGGGUGGAACCUAGCUUGUGGCUUUGACCAGAUUCCCACUGAUAUCUUGGUGGCCCAGUACCAAAUCCUAGAUUGGAUAGGUGAGCACCUGGGUGUCUCCUGGCAGCCUUUGAGGGUCAGGAGCAAUUUUCUAGGUCGAAUACCUAUAGAGAAGCAGGUUCAGAAUCCAUUGUUGGUGUGGCUCAGAUCCCAGGAUAGGAGCAGGAGCUCAGUCCCAGCUACUAACCCAGUUUGAAGUAUGCAGAAUAAUUGCCAGGGCAGGAAUAAAGGUCUAACAUGGGACCUGCAGAGUUUGCCAAUUGGCAGGUACUGGCCAAGUUCACUAGAUUUGCUAUUGCCAACAAGGGUGAAAACCAGAUCAGGAGCCUGCAGUACUAGGAUCCCAUUGUGGGCAAGGGAAGCCUCCAUCAACUUUGCCACAUAUCAGACCACUUAAGGAACACUGAAAGCUUGCAUAUCCCUAGCCUGAACUGUCAUUGAGAUCCUGGAGUAAGGCAGCAUUCAAUAUGGCCGAAACAACAGGAGGAUCCAGGAGAACAGAAACUCAGCCCAGAUACUCCUCCAGGAGGGCAAAGAGACUGGCUAUAAGUUAAACAUUACAGUCAGUGAUGAUAUGGAAAUGUGAUGGAGUACUGUUGGGCUGUAAGAAGUGAUAAAAGGGUGGUUUUAGAGUACUCUGGGAAGAUGUGUAUGAACUGAUGCAUAGGAAAGGGAAUAGAACUAGGAUAAAUGUUUAUAUGGAAACAAUCUUGCAAAGAUUACCUAGAAAGACUUGGAUUUAUGAUGUAUGUAAUGAUCUGUCACUAUUCCAGAGGACUAAUCAAACAUGCCACCUGCUUCCCUUUCUAAUAUAAGUAAAGGACUCAGUACAGAAUGAAACUUUUGGACGUGACCAGUGUGAAAUUGAGCUAUAAAUGUUUAUACAUAUUGAAA